AUGGCAGACGUAGGUGAUCUCGCUUGUGUAUAUGCAGCCCUCGCCUUGGCUGAUGAUCAAGUAGCAAUCACUGGUGAAAAGAUAGCAACCCUUCUUAAGGCAGCUGCUGUCUCAGUUGAGCCUUACUGGCCAGGGUUUUUUGCCAAGGAUGGACUCAACGUAAGAGAUCUGAUCACCAAUGUAGGAAGUUCCGCUGGUGCUGGACCUGCAGCCGCUGCUGCCCCAUUUGCUGCUGCUGCUGCCCCAGCU